UUUAUAUUCUCUUUGGUGGUCAGUGGCCAUGUUUAUUUGUGUUUGUUUGUCUCUGGUGGCUAUUAUCCAAAGAAGAAUAUUUAUUUUGGUUAUUUUAUAAACAAUUUUGGGGUUUAAAUGUUUUUAACUUAAAAACACGUUUAUGUACACAUUUUAAAUUGUAUAAACUUUGAAAUGUCAACGAUUAUAAAAUUCGAUUUAAAAGAUUUAAUAAAAUUAGCCUGUGAUAAGAAUUCUUGUGUGAUUGAAAAAGUGACGCAAAAUUUGGCUUUACAGCCAUGGUGUCUCGGUAACAUUAAUGAAUCAAUAAAUCUAUUGGAUUAUAAAAUUGGGAAAUUUGAUAAAGAAUACAAUGGUAUUUUAUUGAGUUAAAAUUUACGUCUGCUACAAAAUAUUGGCACCAUCAGAAAUGACAAUGCUGACAUCCACUUCCAAGUGCAAGCUGAUUAUUUUAUUUUCCAACCAUACAUUGGUGCAACAUUAACUGGAAUUGUCAAUAAGAAAAGUACCACACAUCUUGGCAUUCUAGUCCAUAGAGUUUUUAAUGUAGUUAUACCAAGGCCAACUGAAAAACCUGGAAAUGAAUGGAUAGGAUCAAGUAUACAAGAAGGUCAAGAAGUGAAGUUUACAAUUGUGGUCUUGGAUCUGUAUGGUGCAUUGCCUUACAUUAGGGGAUAUCAUUACAGUUCUGUGAAAUUUGCUCAUGAAGGAGAUUGUGAAGAAAUGGAAACUGAAUCACUUCAGCCACUUCAAGUAUCCUAUAUUGACUUUGAUAAAACUAAACCCAAUAUACAAAAGCAAAGUGGGGAUGGUACAACACUACCUACAAAAAAUAAAACAAAAUUAAAUUCAAGUAAACAUCAAUUGAAGAAUGUGCCUACAACAGACAGCUCUAAUCAAGUUCAAAACGGAAAAAGUAAUGCUAAAACAAAACAUGAAGAAAGUAAUGUUAGUAUGUCGAAAAGACGAAAACUAAGAGGCGAAGCAAAAUACCAGAAACAGAUAUGAAGCCAUCAGACCCAAAUAUUAGGCCAAACAAGAAGCACAAAAAAGAAACAUAAAUAAUUCUAGUUUAUUUUUACUUUUUAAAAUUCUGAGUAAUAUAUUAAUAUACACCAGUUUACUUUGUAAC